AUGUCGGGUCUUUCCUCGGUCCUGACGCAGAACGUCAACAUGCCACCGCACAGUAAGAAGUUCGCCAUUGUUCCGCUCUGCACAAUGUUUGCCAUGCGGUGUAUGAAUGGCUCUUCCUCAGCGCCCCUGGUAUAUCGACUGUCUGCUGGAGUCUCCUUCAAAAGUUCCUGCCCUGUUCAGAUCAGUUAUCUGGACCACCUAGUUCUGACUGUACGCAGUGUGCCCAACACUAUUGAUUUUUACUCUUCAAUCUUGGGUAUGGAGGUUGUGACUUUCAAGGGAGACAGGAAGGCCUUGGGCUUUGGCCAGCAGAAGAUCAAUCUGCACCAGUCUGGGAAAGAGUUUGAACCCAAAGCCAAGAUUCCCACACCAGGCUCCGUAGACCUCUGUCUUAUCACAGAGACUCCUCUUACCACAGUAGCUGCCCAUCUCCAGGCUGCACAGUCCUUCAGAGUGAGUGUGAUGCACCAAGCAUCGCCUCAGCUGCCUGGUGGCUGCAUGAAAGCCCAAGUGUGAACAGGAAGUUUGCAUGGACCCACUGAGGUAGUUGAGACACCCUUCCUGUCAGAGCUCACAUGUUUCCAGAGGCCAGAGAGUACACAGGCUGCCAGGACUGUGCUAUGCUAAGAAUGCCAUUUUAGCCCGAAGACAGACGGACACCUAACAAAUCUGCACUAAACCCUGUUUGCGUUUCACUUACAAUAACAAUAGCCUAGCUCAGGGCUUGAAGUUAAAAUAUAUUUCAAAACCUGUCUGUAUAGGAGU